AUGAUAACACAACCAAAACCUUUGCCUCUACCACCACCUCCACCCUUAUCCAAUUCUGGACCAUCUACCACUUUGACAGAAGAUGCUGAAUCGAACAGUGAGGAUGUCUUUGUUGUAGCUGAUGAGUUUGAAGACCAACUAAACCACUCUAAAGCUUUAUCCCUUGCUGGUCUUGUCUUAGUUGGAAAGCCGUAUAGAAAACAAGCCAUUACAGAGGCUUUGAUAUCAGCUUGGAACACCAGCCAUCCCGUCAUUGUCUCUCCCAUCAAGAAUCAUACAUAUCUCUUUCGAUUUGAACAUGCAAUGGACGUUCAGAAUGUGCUCACUAAUGCUCCUUGGUCAGUGGCGGGAAAUUUGCUUAUCCUGGAACGAUGGAAGCCAGCCCGAGAUUGGUCUUUUGCAUAUACUGAUAUUUGGGUCCAAUUUCAUGAAAUCCUUGAAGAGUUGCAGGAUUACAAAUUGGUUUCCCGUUUGGUGAUGAAAGUUGGAGAUGUUUCCAGAUUAAUGGACAUUACUGGGGUUCGAUCAGGCAAGCGUCUUCAAUACUUCAAAGCUCGUCUUAAACUUGAUGUUCGUAAGCCAUUGAAAGACACUAUACAAAUCCGUAGACGCAGUGGGGAGAAACACUCAGUUGAUUUAAGGUAUGAACGUCUACCAUUGUUCUAUUAUUAUUGUGGUCUCAUUGGCCACAAUGAACGGUGUUGCCAGACCUUAUUCGAAGAUGAGCAGAAGCAUAAGCUUACACACCAAUGUCCUCAUGGUACUUGUCCAUCCUUCACCUACUGCCACUUCCAACCUUAUUUGAGAUGCCCUACACCAGAUGCAAGAUUGUUGGAGUAG